CACAGGCUGAGCGUCGGCCGGGUCCAGCCGGCGGCGAGCCGCGCAGUGAACGCUGAAGUGGCUAUCUGAUUAGAAGUGGCUGUGAGGAGAGAGCGGUGGGAAGGGCCGAGCCAGUCCAGAAGACGCCUGCUCGGUUAGCUGGGCUCAGGGGGAACUGCUAAACAUGACCGAUAUAACCAUUGUGAAAGAAGGAUGGGUCCAGAAAAGGGGAGAAUAUAUCAAAAACUGGAGACCAAGGUACUUUCUAUUGAAGACUGAUGGAUCCUUCAUAGGAUACAAGGAGAAACCUCAAGAUGCAGAUCUACCUUACCCUUUAAAUAACUUCUCAGUGGCAAAAUGUCAACUAAUGAAAACUGAACGGCCAAGGCCAAACACAUUCAUUAUCAGAUGUUUGCAAUGGACCACUGUGAUAGAAAGGACCUUUCAUGUGGACACCCCUGAAGAAAGGGAAGAAUGGACAGAAGCAAUCCAGACGGUAGCAGAUAGACUGCAGAAACAAGAGGAAGACCGAAUGAACUGCAGCUCCAGUCCCAAUCCUGAUAUUACAGGAGAGGAUGAAAUGGACACCUCUCUUAGUCAACCCAAGCGCAGAGUGACUAUGAAUGACUUUGAUUAUUUAAAACUACUGGGAAAAGGCACUUUUGGCAAAGUAAUUUUAGUCAAAGAAAAAGCAACUGGGAAAUAUUAUGCAAUGAAGAUCCUGAAGAAAGAAAUCAUUAUUGCGAAGGAUGAGGUAGCACACACACUUACAGAAAGCAGAGUAUUAAAAAACACUAGGCAUCCAUUUUUAACGUCAUUAAAGUAUUCAUUCCAAACUAAAGAUCGGUUGUGUUUUGUGAUGGAGUAUGUGAACGGAGGGGAGCUGUUUUUCCAUUUGUCGAGAGAACGUGUGUUCUCAGAGGACCGCACACGCUUCUAUGGUGCAGAAAUUGUCUCAGCUCUAGACUAUUUGCAUUCCGAGAAGAUUGUGUACCGAGAUCUCAAGCUGGAGAAUUUAAUGUUAGACAAAGAUGGCCACAUCAAAAUUACAGAUUUUGGACUAUGCAAAGAAGGAAUUACAGAUGCAGCUACCAUGAAGACAUUUUGUGGUACACCAGAAUAUUUGGCUCCAGAGGUUUUAGAAGACAAUGACUAUGGCCGUGCUGUUGACUGGUGGGGGCUGGGUGUCGUAAUGUAUGAGAUGAUGUGCGGUCGACUGCCUUUUUACAACCAGGACCACGAGAAGCUAUUUGAACUGAUCCUAAUGGAGGACAUUAAAUUUCCCAGAACUCUUUCUUCUGAUGCAAAAUCAUUGCUGUCAGGAUUACUUAUAAAAGAUCCAAAUAAAAGGCUUGGUGGAGGUCCAGAAGACGCAAAGGACAUCAUGCAACACAGCUUUUUUACUGGAAUUAACUGGCAGGAUGUUUAUGACAAAAAGCUUUUACCUCCUUUCAAGCCUCAGGUGUCAUCGGAGACAGAUACUCGAUAUUUUGAUGAAGAAUUUACAGCUCAGACCAUUACAAUAACUCCCCCUGAAAAAUAUGAUGAGGACGGCAUGGAUUGCAUGGACAAUGAGAGGAGGCCACACUUCCCCCAGUUCUCAUACUCUGCCAGUGGAAGAGAAUAGAGUGGUUAUUUUGUUUUUUGCUGCUCAACUGUCAUCAUGGUGUAUCACUUGAAAUCAUUCCUGAACAGUAUAGGAGUUUGAACUAUACUUGAUUUCAGACGCAGGGCAUCUUCAGGAAUCAUUUCGAGUUGAAUGUUUUGCAUGAAUCUAAAUGUCAGUCUGAGGAUUCAAGCUGUUACCUCCUACUAUUUUGACAUAAUUGUACUGCAAAGAGUAUUUUUAAACAUAUGAAGUCCUAAUAGGAUGUAUUGUACAUGAUGCAGCAUUUAUGCAUUUCAGCCUGUAAAUGAAACCAAGUUUUAAUAGAAGCUGAAGAAAGCAUUUGACAAAAUUUCAUAAUAAUGAUGACAAAAAACCCAGAUGAAUUUUAAGUAACUAAUGAGAUUUGUGUUCCUUUUGUUGUAUUCAUUUCUGCUGGUCAUAGCAAGAAUUGGUUUGUGAUAUAUGACAGGUAUGCAAGUUUCUGUUAGACAUAUCACUGAAGAAAUGAGUGUGGUUAACAGCUGGCUUGAUGGGGACUUGUGAGCAGUUGCCAGGACUCAAUCCCUGUCAACAUUUUCAAUGAAAGUACCAACCCAUGUAGCUGAAGACUUGGUUUUUGCCAGUACAGCAGACAAAUUAUAGAUUUAUCAAGUGCAAUCGCAGAAUUUUUUUUUAUGACUUUCAUGGAUACUCUGCACCUCUGCCUGUAUAUGUUUUAUGAUGGCUGAAGAAUGUAGACAGGCAUAAUGUUAAGAGACUUAUGCUUUUCACCAAAUUUAUGUGGGUAGAAUAUUUGUGUUGCCCAACUUAGGUUGGUGAACAGUAAUGUUUGCCUGUAAACUUGUGGAUUAGCUUUUUUUUUCCCCCCAGUGUUUUGAAUGUACAGACGUUAAACAGCUGUAGUAUUUAUUUUUAGUAGUAAUGAUUGUAUGUAUCAGAGAAGUUCUACGCCACUGAACAGUUCUUACUGGAAGUCUAGAGGUAAUGGUGUUUGAUAAAAUUUUACAGUGCUAGUCUCUUUUUAUUUGUUUUUUUUUUGUACAAGGUUAUUCAACCUGUCAAUCCAUAGGAAGAUUUGUGCUUUGCCUAUCUUACCAAUUUUCAGAUACUUACUGUGCAAAGUCUAGAUCUUCGGGGAUUCAGUUUGCACUGACCUUUACUGAGUAUGCCCUCUUGUACUGCAACCAUCUUUGGGCAAACAGGCCAUCCCUUUUUGUGAAGAUUCUUCAGCUUUGCUUUACACACUAAUCCAUUUACUGUCACAUUCCUGUGGCAUUUUGAAUCUCAAUGCUUUUAUGACUAUAACACGUAUUCACCUUAUUUGCAGCUUCACAAGGUUGACCAUUCUUGUUGAGGCCAUGCAUUGCUAUUACAGUAUACUGGCAAGGUGACAAGGUGAGGUCCUCUACUAACUGCAGGGUCUAUAUAUUACACCUCAAUGUAAAACACUUUGCUGCUACUAUUUGUACUGUCUAAAAUAGAACUUCCUGUAUCUGCUACUAGUAGUGCAUUACAGAUGAGCAUGAAAAAUGUAAAGUAUUUAUUUUAAAUUCUUAAACUGGUAAUUAAUUUUGCCUCUGUGUAGCCUAGGAUUUGUGAAAGUUCUUGACCUUCCUAGUUCUAUCAUUAGGUCCAUAAAGAUCUAGUCAUAUGGUUAAGGAUUUUAAGCAGAAGGGACUAAACCUUAGUGAACUGUAUUACUGUCAGUAAGAUUUAACUGUUUAUUUCCUUAAGUAUAUGACCCACAAGGAUUUGAAAAACUGCAACAAAAUGUUUUUGUACACUGUACAUCCUUAGUAUUUUUACACAUAAAUGUAUAUGAUAGGGAUGCACAUUAUUUUCCUUCUUACAGACUGCUUAAAUAAAGUACUACAUCAAUCCACUAUUGGGUUGUGUAGUCUUACUACCUA